GUCCACAUCGAUCGCUUUUGCUUUAAGUGUUGCCCUCACUGUCGAAUUCAGCGGGUUGCCCGGGUUAGUACGGCUCCUAAAGAAAUAUGCAUUUUAAAUCUGAAGCUUAAUAAUCCCCAAAGAACAGUUUUAAUAAUACUGAUGUGUAAGUAUAGGCAAAACAUAAUGCUAUUAACAACGACAUCCGUUUGGGGAUGUGUAAAAACUACUAAUCCCAGGUGGCAUUGCGGCUCCGGCACCUGCGCAGUGAGGUGAGAGAGCGCGCGUCUUGAGCGGGGAAGAGAAAAGGCGCGCGCCUCGCGUCGUCUCCACACUGUCGCGUGAGAAGAGCUGACGGUUUGCGAAAUGUCUAAAAGGAAGAGGCAACAAUCUGCAGGCGGUAAGCGAAAAGGAACGACAAAGAAAAAGAAAGUAACACAGGAGGCGGCUUCGGGGACUGUGAACGAGGAGAGCGCCGCCUGUGGUCAGCAAGCGGAACUGCGCUGUGAGGAUGACCGCGCUGCCCCGAGCAGCGCAGAGGAGAGAGGAGUCGCAGGGAGGUCAGAGAGUGAGGGGGGAGACGGCGCUCACAAACUCAGCCCUGGAGUGAAGGACUGCUUCCUACCGUUAGCCCAGAAUAUCCUCCCGGGCCGCUCCUCCACUGCGGGCUUAUCCUGCGAUGAUGAUGAGGAUGAUGGUGAUGAUGUCGCCCAGCCCAGCGCGCCGGAGGAUACCACUUCGGACCAGCACAGGGGUGUAGGGGAAGGGCCGGGGCAGGGAGACGCCACCCUCCACAGUCACGGGGGAGUGCACGGGCCGAACCACAAAGCCAGCACUUCGGGAGAGCAGAGACAGGAGGCAGAUCCAGAGAGGCAGCAGGCCACUGUAACGGAGCAAGGGGGGGCAGGAGAGGGGGUGCAGGAGCACCUACCCCAUUCCGAGGGGUGCGGGACCCCUGGAUUAAAAGUCUCUCUGGGGUUGGAGGGUACAGAAACGCAGGGCGGUGGUGUUGCUGGUAGUCCACAGGGAGAGCUAGCCUGUUUAUUAGGGAGCGUGGAGGCUGUGUUUACAGAGGGGGGGACGCAGUCUGAGUCAGCCAAGCCGAAACACAUUGAGACUUACCCCGAGACACAAGCUGAAACAUCGGCCGAUCUGCAGGGAAAGGGGGUGGCGGAGCCUUGCAACGAAGCUGGGGCUCAGCCUGCACCCCCACAUUCCCACUGCGGAACCCCCGGAGAGCCUCCUGCCCUGCCAGCAGCAGCAGCCUCCGUUCCUGAGAGAGAAGAAUCUACGAGGCUCUGCAAAGGGGUGAUCCCCAGGCAGGGGCGAGGAGUCGCGAUGGAGAAGGGCUCGCAAGUUUUCCCGAAUCCGGGAUCUGGAACAACACAGCUGCCUCAUGCCUCUGCCGCCUCCUGGUCCCCUCGGAGCUGCGCGGAGCGAUCCCGGAUCCGACUCAGGAAUGAGGACGCGGAAUCGGCAGCAGGCAGGCAAAUCCCAGGCAGUGAGGAGGCGGGCCCUGAAAUGAACGAGAAGGAUUUCAUGAGAAAAACCCAGCAAAGCCAUUCACAGAGCAGAACCGAGACGGAAGAGUUAAAAGCAUCGCAGAGCUUCGGAGAGGGAGAGGGAAGCGACUGGGGACAAAUAAAGCUUUCAGAGAACAACAAACUAUCAACGUCAUCAUCCAGUGCAGCAGCAGCAGCAGAAUCCAAACCAGCAGCCGUGUACGUGAACCCGUGCGUGCUGGCGGAGAGGGACUGGGAAUCCCGCUUUGCCGUGCUGGAGAUGGAAGACUCGAGCGAUGCGGGGGCCGGGCAGCGCAAGGCUAAGGGGGCGGCGCGGUCAAGGCGGUGCAAGCCUGCCACCAGUGCUGCUGCUGCUGCUGCUGGGAAGAGGGAGGUGAGGACCGCGCUAGUGUGCGCUGAGACAGCCUGCCCUGAUCUGACUCACACCGAGGCGGAGGGAAGUCUCCAGGGAGCAGCUGGGGCAGACGGACAGACAGACCCUGCCUCGGCCGCCCAGGAUCGAGAGGAGGGGGGACCCCACCCCUGUACCCCAGCUGCUGCCCGGGGGAGCCCCGAGUCUGAGAGAGAGGACACGGGGGCCACACAGAGCUGCGAGGAUCACAGCGAGUGGGACUCUGAGUUUCUGCACAGCUGCUCCACGCAGCGCUUCACUGACUCCUGCUCUCUCCCGGCUCCGCUCCCUGUCCUUGGGACAGAGUCCGGUGGUUCUGCCCUGGAGCUGCCUCUCUCCAUCGGCUCCAUCUCGGACUCGCAGCUCCACGAGAUCACACUGGGGGAGGCGAUGCCGGAGCCCCGGUCCCGGUCUCUGCAGGACUACGAGGACGCCAGCGAGCUGGUGUGCGGACUCAUAGAGGAGCUCUCGCAGAUCAACCGGCUCAUCAUGCUGACUCACCGGGAGCUGCAGUCUGGAAGGAACCCCCGCAGGGCCAGGCUGGGCUGGAGGGGAGCUGCUCGCUACACCGCCAACCCCAAGGACCUGUAACCCCGCUGGAGACACACCGCCAACCCCAAGGACCUGUAACCCCGCUGGAGACACACCGCCAACCCCAAGGACCUGUAACCCCGCUGGGAGACGCACCACCAACCCCAAGGACCUGUAACCCCACUGGAGACGCACCGCCAACCCCAAGGACCUGUAACCCCGCUGGAGACACACCGCCCAACCCAAGGACCUGUAACCCCGCUGGAGACACACCGUCAACCCCAAGGACCUGUAACCCCAUUGGGAGACACACCGCCAGAGCUGGGCCGGCAAACUCCAGUCCUCCAGGUUUUCAUUGCAACUUGAGUUUCACUUCAUUCUUCUAACUUAUUUGUUCAAUCGGACAUCCUUGUGAGUGACUCUGGAGCAGCAGCAGUUGUGAUGCAUCGCUCACCCCCUGGUCUCUGUAAGUCGCUUUGGACAAAAGCGUCUGCUACAUGACUCCUUUUUAAUAAGAAUUUUUUCAAGGUCUUUUAAAUUGACAGUUUAAAAAAAAAAAUGCCCUUGAUUCAAAGUGUGCAGGAGCUGUGAAACAUUGUGAGGCCGGGGAGAGAGAAUUGUUUAAUGUGUCCAAUUUGUCAAAUAAUUUAGAGCAAUUAAGUAAUUGAGAGCUCGGGGUGGAAGGAAAGCCAGAAGCCGCCCUGCACAAGAGGCACCCGCAGACACACGACGCAAAAAUAUUCAGCAGCCACUGAGCUGCAGUGGUCAGGUGCUUCUGUGUGUGUGUUUUUGUUGGGUUAUUUUUUUUACGUUCUUAAAGUCUAAACGGUUUUAGAAAAUACUGAGUAUUUGGUUGUCUUUUAUAAAUGUUUUUUUUAUUUAUUAUUUAUUUAAUUGAUUGUUUUGA